AUGGUAACACCAUUGAAUGAUAAUGCCAUCCCACCGGCAACCGUUGAAUACUUGUUGCGCCCCCGUCGAAACCACAAUCCGCCCCCAGCACAUGUGUCUUCGGAAAUUCGUUCAUACAUAAUGCGAUAUAAUCGAACCCCAACCAGAGGGCCGAUUUUCACGCCUGUGCAGAAGGACUGGUUGAAAGAUCAUAUACCACAGUAUAUGCAGUGGCCUCCUACCUCAGAUGAGACGAUCACAUUCGUACAGACCAUGCUUAUUGAUUUCGACCACAUGUGGCCUCUUCACCAGAAGUUGUGGCCCGGGUCGAAUGUUCACAUUUUGCUAACCGACAGCAUGCAUGCCAAAUUGACGGUGGAGAUGCUGAUUCUUCGAGGGAAUAUCAAGGGCCACAUGCUGUGGACAACGCGACGUAAUCUGCGUUGCGAGAAGAAUCGAACGGGAAUUAAACUGCCUUCCUCCAGUCGGACAGAUACCAUGGUAUCUGUCCGACUGGACGGUCUCAUCAAUCUUCUCCAGUGUCUUUCCCUCGACGAUCAAAAGACACUAUCUCAGGCCUUAGACAUUGGCACGGACACGGGCACCGAGUGGUUAUACAUCCAUAUAACAUCACCGUCAGAAUGGGCCUGGGCCUACCCGCUGGCAGCACCGAAAUGGCAUUGGCUGCUCUUUCCCGCUGUCUCUGAUGACCCCCCUGCUACAACCAUUGACAUUCCCAGGGAGCUUGCACCAUUUGCUUCUCUCCUGGCGCAGCUGCUGCCCAUAGUGCUGGCACCACUCCUACUUCUGGCCCCCGCAACUGCACAUGCUGCUGCCCCACCUGUGGUUGUUCCUGCAGGGCAAUUUGAUGCCACCCCGCCGCUCUAUUAUGUGACUCGAGGUCGCUACAUCGGCAUCUUUUCAGGCUGGGAUGCAACCGGUCCCAAAGUGCUCGGUGUCUCUCGAGCCAUCUACCACAAGGUGGAUUCCAUCGAGCAAGGGAUAAACAUCGUGAAGGGUGCAAUUGAUCGCGGUGAUGCUUCACAGGCCUUGUAG